AUGAAAGCAACGCCCAAGCCAAUCCCCACCAUUAUCGUCGAUGCAGCUCGGCAAUCAAACGAACUUGACCGAAUUCAUAGCCUACUUGGACGAAAUUCAACAACAGCCCUACAUAGUGACGUACAUCUGUUACCGACAAUAGAUAUUUGCACUCUGGAGUUCCCCGACAACUACACCUUACAACAUACCAUGAAAUCGCGCAUAAACGCCUGCAAUUUGAAGAAAAUGUACGAGCAGAGUCAGCUUUUAGUGGAAAAAGACAGGUUAGAAAGGAUAGCGACGUUGCCGGAUUUAGUGGUGCCGUCGAAUAGGCAUAUACGUCACCAACGUCAACAUAUGGUCGCAAAGCUUAGCGAGGAUAACGAAAAUAAUGACUAUGAUAUUAGGUCUAGAAUAGUAGGGUAUAAAGUUGUUGUGAGGCACGAAGAUAUGCAAAAUUUCACUAAUAAAUUGAAUUUUUCGAUGACUCAUCGAUAA